GUGUGUACUCUGCAGCAGUGUGGUACUAUCACCACCUGGCAGCUGUGAUGGACGUGGUGAUGAUCACAGAGGACGAGGACGCCAUCGCUCAGUACAGCAGCCUUAACUCUGGAGUCUACGUCAUCUCCGUGCAGGAUUAUCUGCAGAACUUCUGGCCGGAGCUGCAGGCGGCGCACGAGCUGUACGGCUCCGUCUCUCAGGCUCUGCAGGAGAAGGAGAGCGAGGGGACGGAGCGGGAGUACAGCGAACAUCUUCCCGCCGACGUGCUGGAGGCCGGGAUCAAGUCUGGACGAUACAUCCAGGGAACUCUGAAUGUCAGCAAACACCGAGCGCACGGCGAAGCCACCGUCACGACGGACGCUCUGUCCUCGAAGAACUCAG